UCUGAUCUCUACUGGAUCCUUUGUUUGGUUCAGGAGGACAUCAGCAAGGAGUUCGAAGAGAAGAAGACUGACCUGCAGCCCAAAGUUGUGGAGAUCUACGAAGCUUCUGCCGUUGAAAUCAAGACUCUGGUGAAGAAACCGACGGGGUCAGGACUGAAGAAGAAAUCAACUGUUGUGAUCAAGUUCAUCGAGGAACUAGUGAAGAUCGAGUUCCUUGGCUCGAAGCCGGUGAGCGAGGCUGCCGCCAAGUACGGCCCCGGCCUCGUCUCCGGUCCCGUGAUCUUCCUCUUCGAGCAGGUGUCCACCUUACUCCCCGCAGAGGAGCCGCCUGCUCCCGCCGAACCGGCCGUCGAGAGCACCAGCAAGGAUAUUACACCGGAAACCGCGGAGGAGAUCAAGAAGGAAGAGGCUGAGGCGGAGGUGGAAGAGGCACCUGCCCCGGUCGACCCGGCUCCCUCGGACCCCUCCCCAGAGACGGAGAAACCGGCCAAGCCAGCGGCUGAACCCGCCAAGGCUUGAUAUAAACCACCAGCCUCCCGAACCGAUCAUUCCACCGCCACCUCGCCACCACCGCGCACCCAGUGUUUCCAUGAUUUAUUAUUCUUUCUCUUGUCUCUUCGUCAAUUUUGUUACGGUCAGUAACUGUUCAGCCGUGGCCUUGGGGCUGUCGCGGCUUGGUCCGGGUCCGGAAGACUGUGGUCAACGGGCGGCGUCCCUCGGGGUCUCCUGGCGGCCGAGCUCGGUGGCUCGGGUCGGCGGUUCGGGUCGGCGGUUCGGUUCGGGAGGCAGCUCCGCCGCAGCUUCGGGAAGAGGCAACACCGUCUCGCACCGGGAGCUCGGCCCGACCCCUCCGACGAUCUAAGUUAGAGAAAGAUGUGGAGGGGGUUGUGGAUGAGGCAGGAGAAGAGUCUCUGAGUGUUUUGUGUCUGAGUGAGUUUCUUUUUUUUCUUUUGUUUAGGACUUGGGGGUAUUUAUAGAGGAGGUUAGCAUUACCUGACUUGACCGCCUGCUGGAGUGAGGGGGUACCUCUGAUGGCGUCUGACGCGGCUACUGGGGUCGCGUGGUGGAGCGGUUCGUAGCAGGGUAUGGGCGAGGGCCAGGUCGUUGUCCGGCCUGGUCAUGGUCAACCAUGCAGGGUCGGAGGUCGCCUCUCAACAGCGGGAGUCGUCAGGGCGGGUCUAGUCGGCGUUAUUGCUUUGGCCGGGGGCUGUCGUCACGGCGCGUCAACUGUGCCAUUAUUUUCCCUAUCAAAUUUGCUUCUCUUUCUCCUGUACGUAACUAUGUCUUGGUUUCUCUCAUUUUGCUUUCGGCAAGGGGACAUGCAGGCCAUGUAAUAUCAUUAUUAAGUGCAGUGUGGUGUUAUGUUAUAUUUGGGAUCGAUAGCUUCAUUCCAUCUCUGUCAAGUUUCCUUGA